UCAAAUCAUUUACAAACCCAAGCCCAUAAAGCCCCUGUUGGGUUGAGUCUUUGACACCAACACCUGCUCCCCAACCCCAAGCAACCAUUGCAGUAUUGCACCCCAAAUGUCUGGUCCGGCGUGCUGCGACAACCCUCCGGGAGUCUCCUCCGGCGAAGAAUCCGGCCAAAUCAAGAAAAUAGCAUCCCUUAACUCUUAUGUUUCCGGCAACCCUGAUUCAACACUUGCAGUUCUUCUAAUUUCUGAUAUUUAUGGUUAUGAAGCUCCAAAGUUGAGGAAAAUUGCAGAUAAAGUUGCAGCUGCUGGAUAUUAUGUGGUGGUUCCUGAUAUGUUCUUUGGGGAUCCCUUUAUUCCUAAAACUAAUCUGCAAGAUUGGAUAAAGAUCCAUCCAGCGAAGCCAGCAGUUGAAUUUGCUAAACCAGUUAUUGCCGCUCUCAAAGGAAAGGGUAUAUCUAAAGUUGGGGCUGCAGGAUUCUGUUGGGGUGCCAAGGUCGUUGUGGAGCUAGCAAAGGAUGCAAGUAUACAAGCUGCUGCACUCUUGCAUCCUACGUUUGUCACUUUAGAUGAUAUAAAGGAGGUUAAGGUUCCGGUGGCAAUACUAGGGGCUGAAUUUGACAAAGAAUCUCCUCCAGGAGUAGUUAAACAGUUUGAGGCUGCAUUGCAAGCCAAACCCGAGGUUGAUCACUUUGUGAAGAUAUAUCAUGGUGUAUCACAUGGUUGGACCGUUCGAUAUAGAGAUGAAGACAUAACAGCUGGGAAACGUGCACAGGAGGCCCAUCAAGAUCUUUUGGAUUGGUUUGGUAAGCGUCUUCAGAAGGUCCAUUCGGCCCUGUAAAACCCGAAUCGCGAAACAUCUUUAAUUCUUUGUACAAGUGUGAUGUGUUUUCUUUGAUUCGGUUUAAAGGGUGAGAUUGGUAGUAGUUUAUUGUAGUUUUACACCGAAGUUGCAGUCACUUUGGAAUUGCUGAUCACGGGGGACAAAACAAUGUGAGUUUAUGUUAGAAGUAAUUCAUAUUGCUUUUAGUA